AUGGACGAGUUCCCACGCGACAAUGCCCUGGGCAGCUUCGAGGACCUGCUCCAGCGACUGGAGGAUCUCGAUCAUGACUCUCCCCGUGAGCCCUUCGGAGGCAUGGCUUUCGAGGUUUCACCUACGCAAUAUCUCACACUUCUACAGGCGGAACCCCGCGGCGACCCUGAUACGUCCGACUACAGCUGCGGUGUGGUAGUCUUCUGCCUGGAUGUGUUCUACGCCUGUGGCCUGGAUGGUGCUAGCAAGACAGCUAGCGCCCUGGACCGCUCCGCCCUCAGCAUGUGGAUCCGAGAUAAGAACGGUGGCAUCCAGACGGAACGGUGGCAUCCAGACGGUCAUGGACUAGGUGCCUUUGUCCGACGAGGCCGCAAGCAUCGACAUCUACGCCUCGGAUUUGCUUCCUGGGCACAUUCUACCCGCAGAAUUCACCCGCACAGCGUUCUCCAGGAGGCUUGUGAGACCCAACUAGCGGCGGAUAUCAAUGCCGCUCAGAAGGCUAUGAAGCCCAGAAAGCCCAAGGCGAAGGGGCCCUCGGGCGAAAUCGGGCGGCUCAAGGAAGAGCUAAGGAAGAGCUACAGAAGAUGGACCAACUGCGCCAUGAUUUGGAGCAGCAGUUGGCCAAGAAGGACCGGGAGCUGCGGCGCGCGAACCGUCUGA